GCAGCGUGCGUGUUGAACGGAGCCGGUCGGUGUGAAGAAGUCUCCGGACCCGGUGUGAAGAAGUCCCCGGACCCGGUGUGAAGAAGUCCCCGGAGCGGACCGUGGUUGUGAUUCCUCUCCGGUGUGAGUCCGGUUCCUGUUUCACUUCAUCUCCGUCUCCAUCGGAUGAAGAAGCCGCUCCGCGCCGCCUCUUCUGCGGGGGAGGAAGACGCCCCGAGCAGACACCAUGGUCGCCGGUGAGCUGGUGCAGGAGCAUGUUCGCGCGGACCCGGGAGCACCGGACGACAUCACGAUCCCCAGGAGGAGUCCGGAGCUCCCGGGGGGCGCCGCGGCCGAGCGACACGCGGAGCCCACUAACGAAGCGGUGAGGACGGGCGGGGGAAGGGAGGGAGCAGCCGACCCCGCUCAGGAGGAGGAGAAGCAGGAGGAGAAGCUGGAGGAGAAGGGGUCGGAGGAGAAGGAGGCUCCGCCGGAUGAGAGCGAGGCGAUGCUGCCGAGCGGAUGCUCAGGGGAGGCGGCGAAGAGCCGGGACACGCAGCUGUUCGCGCGGCGGUUCGCGGUGCUCGCCGUGUUCAGCCUGUACUCGCUGGUGAACGCCUUCCAGUGGAUCCAGUACAGCAUCCUCACCAACGUGUUCACGCGCUUCUACGGGGUGUCCAACGACAAGGUGGACUGGCUCUCCAUCGUCUACAUGGUGGCCUACGUGCCGCUCAUCCUCCCGGCCACCUGGCUGCUGGACCGGCGGGGGCUGCGGCUCACGGCCCUGCUCGGCGCGGGCCUCAACUGCGCCGGCGCCUGGCUGAAGUGCGCCAGCGUCGGCCCCGGGCUGUUCGGAGUCACCGUCACCGCGCAGGUCAUCUGCUCCGUGGCGCAGGUGUUCAUCCUCGGCCUGCCGUCCCGCAUCGCCUCGGUGUGGUUCGGUCCCCGGGAGGUGUCCACCGCGUGCGCCACGGCCGUGCUCGGGAACCAGCUGGGGACGGCCAUAGGCUUCCUGUUGCCUCCAGUGUUAGUUCCCAACACACCUGACGACCUUGAGCUGAUGGGUCAUAACAUCAGCGUCAUGUUCUACGGUACCGCCGCUCUCUCCACGGGCCUCUUCCUGCUCACAGUAAUAGUGAUAAAGGACCGCCCCCCCCUCCCACCCAGCCCGGCCCAGGCUGUUCUACCAGACUCUCCCACUGAGGAUUACUCCUACAAACAGUCCAUCCUCAACCUGGUCCAGAACAAAGCCUUCAUCCUGCUGCUCAUCAGCUACGGUAUAAUGACGGGCUCCUUCUACUCCGUCUCAACUCUCCUCAACCAGAUGAUCAUGACCUUCUACGAGAACCAGGAGUUGAACGCUGGGAGGAUUGGUUUGACUCUAGUCGUCGCUGGGAUGGUCGGAUCCAUCCUCUGUGGCCUGUGGCUGGACCACACAAAGACAUACAAGAUGACGACUCUGAUCGUGUACGUCCUGUCAUUUGCGGGCAUGGUGGUCUUCACCUUCACCCUGGACCUCGACAGCAUCUACCUGGUCUUCUUCACGGCUGGAGUCCUGGGCUUCUUCAUGACGGGGUACCUGCCUCUGGGCUUCGAGUUCGGAGUGGAGAUCACGUACCCGGAGCCGGAGGGAACAUCGUCAGGACUCCUCAACGCCUUCGCUCAGAUUUUCGGGAUCAUUUUCACUCUGAUUCAGGGCAAACUGAUGACAGAUUACAAUCCUCGAGCUGGAAACCUCUUCCUCUGCGCUUGGAUCUUCCUCGGAAUACUACUUACUGCCUUGAUUAAGUCAGAACUCAAAAGACACAAUGUCAACAUGGGUGCAGACUGCGGAGACCUACAAGCAGUCCCUAGUGAGUGUCCCGAGGAGAAGACGGUUCUCGACAAGAAAACCAACGGAGUCAGUCUGGCUUCCUCCAUCAGCUUCUCCCAUGAAACAUCAGUGUGACGCUGCCAAGUCCCUGAAUCACCGGUCGAACCCGAAGGCCUCCCCGCUGCCCUGGGAUACAGAACCAGAGGGAGUCGGUGGAACCCUCGACCCAAAUGUAGCUCCUCUGCAGAGGGAUCCACGUCCCUCAUGCCCCCAGUCACCGGCAUGGUGAAAGAAGCGAAAGAAGCCGCCUGCAGAAGAAGCUCCUCUGCACUUUAUCUGUGUUGUACUUUGUGAUUCUGGCGCUUUGCAAACCUGCCCUCGAUGGAAAACAGACUCCAGAGUAAUCACAGUGGUUUCUCUGGUCGGAGUCUGCAGGUCACUGGGAGGAGGAGACAGUGAGCAGCUUUAGGUUUGUCCCGCGGCCUCGGCCAACAUUUCCUGAUUUUACUUGAAUUACCCCCGGAUGCUGUGGACUGCAGCAGUGAGACGCACUGUACAUGUUGUGAUGUCAUCGCUUGUUUCUCCUCGUGCGACAGUGGUUGUGUUGGGAAUCCUGUGUGAAGCUGCUCUGAUUUGAAGCUGCUUCAGAUUUCAAAGUGAAUCGAGUUUUUUAAUCUACGAGGAUGAAAAAAAAAAAGAAGAAACUCCAGCCAGGACAGACGGACAGUGAAUCUUUUAAUGUCCAGUCAAGGUUGAUCUAAAUUUGGAUUCAGAUUUCAGGAGCGUGUCCUUGAUCCUUUUUCUCUCUUUCCACCUUUAUUCACUCGUCAUCACACAGUGAGCGAGGGAAUGGAGGGGCGAUGAAGGAAGGUGGAAAAACAACAAAAAGGAAAUCUGUUUUCGUAAUCGUUCCGACAAACAAAGAAAACAACCGAUAAACAGACCAAUGGACAUUUGCUAAAUUCUGGGGUCAGCUUUAAUUUAUUUGUGAACAGAUUUCUUUGAUCAUCAAAGUCGUCACAUCAAAGAGUUCAGUGACACCUUGAAGGAAAUGACAGACUUGUUCUGGUGGACCAGACUGAAUGUGAGCACGUCCCGAGUUCGGCGCACAACAGGAAAAUAAACGCACAACUUCAAAGUUUUUAAUCGUUUUAAUGCACAAUCUGAAAUGUUUUGGUUGUUUUUGGUGUCGACUCCGGUUGGUAGUUGUUCCUCUGAGAAGCUGAAGGUUUGAAGAUGAUGUGGAGAUAGAAGAACAGCGCCCUCUUGUGGGUUAGUAGUAACACAGCGAGCAGAGCAGAUAGGGGGAAGCACAAUCGUGUGACAAGAAGGAAAUGAUUAUUUAUAUUUAUACAUCCACCUCUGUUGUUUUGUUUUUCUUUAGUCACAUGUAAAAAACUGACUUAUAGAAGAAAUCUGCUUUUCUUUACUGUCUUAAUCCAUUUCUGAAGCAAGUAUUUUCCUUUUUCAACUUUUGUCUGUGCAGCUUGAGAACACACAUGAAACCUGUGUUCACCUGGUGCUGACAAUUUUAAACCACGUCUGCUUUAGGUUUGGUCCUUUUCUUCAACUCUCUCCUAAAGGUUGAAAGUAACUGAAAACUUCACAACUCAGACUGAAGACAUAACGUUUAAAUAACUGAAGAUGCAGCACUAUGGUUUCAAACAAGACAUUGUUGAACUUCCAGCAGUUCAUCAGGUUUAAUGUAGUCGACCUGCGACAAUGUUAAAGUAGAACUUACAUUAAUGACAACCCAAUAAUAGAAUAUAAUUCACUUUAGGUUUUUCUGAAAUGUUCUGUUUGAUACUUUGAUUAGUUUUUGAUUCUUUCUAAUACUUUACUUUCUUUUUUAUUUUUGUUAAAUUUUGAAUGUAUGACCUUUAAUGGUUUGAGCAAUUUUUACUUCAAGUGUCAGGAAGUGACAUCAGACAAUGUCUCAACGAGGAGGUUCACCAGGUUAUUUAUUGUCAAGACUAAAAAACGUCUACAUAUAUCACAUUUAAUCAUCACAGGAACUGUCCUUGUGUCUCUGGUCUCUUACAUGUCUGAGAAUAGCAGAAAGGCUGUUGACUCAUUUUGCCGCAACCCUUUGUGUUUCUCAACGUGUUGAAACAUGUGUAUUGUGUAGACACCUCACUCUCACUUCUCCUUUGUUUGAAACUAAUUGUUUGGUUCCUUUUCAGUAUAGUUUGUGUUAAUGAUAUAUUUGUUUCUGCUCUGUAGAUUGUAGUGGACGAUAAUCUGAAAUUUCCUUGUUCAAUCAAUUUUUUUAUCACACGUGUGUCUUUUUUGUAAAAUGCUUUCUUUUUUUUGUCAAGUUUAGAUAUUUAUUAAUCUGUGAAUAAACUGUAGCAAGCAGCACUGAGAUUUAAUUACAAAUGCUUCUGUGGUCUGAUUAAUGACAAAUGUUUUGCUAUUUGUAUUUAUAAACGUCUUCAGUCUCAUGUUUGGAUCUGAUUACCUCCAUCUGGUCUCCCACGUUUCUCCAUACGACCAGAAAAGGAGAAAGAAAUGUGACGUAGAGGUUCUGUGUCGUCUGCUGACACUAUUCAUGAUUCUGGUGACUUUUAAUACACAUCUUCUCUGUUAAUCAUCUGGCCGCAUGACGGUGAAUGUGACAGUGAGUCCGAAAAAUAAAAAAUGAAGGAACACGUCAGUGUUUUUUGUGGUUUCUAGACAACAAUGAAAACAGAGCAAUAAGGUGAAGGAGGAUUUUGAUACGCACACAAUCUGUUGUGACGA